ACGUCCAUCUUCCUCACUCUUACCUCACCUCCCGCUGCUCUACCUCCUCUCUCUCACCUCCCUCGCUCCCUCCUCGCGCUCAGGCAUCUCUCAUUUGCCACCUCUGUAUAUCUACAGAUCCAACACUCUCUUACUCUCACACUCCUUCGUGCGAACGAGCCCCCCAAGCUUCUACACAGAAGACCCUCCCGCGUCCACUGUCUCACCCUCUCCCGCUCACGCAUCACCUCUAACUUCUAGCAAAAAUGCAGCCCACUACGCUUUUUGCCAUGGCACUCUUGGCCGCCUCGGCCGUCGUCGCCCUUGACUCGUCCCUCCACGACGCAGGCGCGGUGGCAAUGCCCCACCGCCGCCACCACGCUAAGAUUGAGGCUCGCUCGAAGUGCAAGUCGAAGAACAAGUCGUCUUCCAGCUCGAGCAGCUCCAGCUCUUCCUCCUCCACCUGGACCGAUCCCACGACCACGAGCAGCGCAGACAACUCACAGCCCACGGAUAACGGCAACGACGGUGGCUCUGAUAACUCUGGCUCGGGCUCUAACAACGGUGGCAGCUCAAACGUCGCUGCCAAUCCCGGCAGCCAGUCUUCGUCUAGUGCUCUUGCUGGUAUUAGCGCCUUCCUCGGCACAAACAACGGUGGCAUCGGAUCUUGGUUCCGCACUGACUCUUCUUCCGAUUCCACAAACGGUCGCUCCUGGUGCCAGCUGAACUACCAAGACGACUGGAUGGGCACCGCUAUCCCCGUCGGCACAAUGAUUGACUCUUUUGGUGGUGAUGCCCAGGCAGCCAUGAACGCUUACUGCGGUCUGGAGAUCCAAGCUUACAACCCCGCCAACGGCAACACCGUCACGAUGUAUGUCGUGGACGGUUUCGAUGAAGCGUGGGUCCUCACCCCCUCGUCCAUGGAUUUAACCAUCGCCGCCUUUACCGCCCUCUAUGGCAGCUUUGACGAUAACAAGGACACCGUUGUCCAGAACAUGAGCUGGUGGUUCACCGGAAACAAGAACCCCGCUUAUGAGUAUGAUGCUUCCGGCUGAACGUCGACACCUUGAUGUACAAGGUCGCUCCUCGCCGGUCGGUAGUGUGACCUAUACCUGUCUGUAUCUGAAAUGUUUUCCCCUCAUUCUUUUUUGCCGCAUCUUGGAGUUGAUUCUCUCACGGGUUCUGUAUCUGGAUAUACAUGACCUAACGCAAGUCGCACUCUACGUCGCAUUACUCGUCUUUUUCUUUUACAAUCAUGAUACGGGCUAGCUUGAUGCCAGCAGUUUGGUCGAAAAGUUACAAUCAGUCUGCAAUUUGAUUGUUGUGUGUACAGC